AUGGCUGAUGACUAUCCAAGGAUAAACGAGACGUACCACAGAUGUUUAUCAUUCGUAUCAUCUCGCUAUGGUGUGAGCGACAGCGACAUAUCCGCUCUUACGUCCGUACAGAACAUGUGUUCCAACCUCUCCAAGCUGGCAGAACGGAGCAGACAACUCCAGGGCGUCCUUGACCUAGAGCAGACUGCGCCGGCAGACCUGGCCAAACCUCUGUACGGAUACGCAGCUCCAACAGUUGUGUUUAUAUCUCUCCUACUAAACACCGUCCUGGUCAGAAACCUCACCAGCAAACGUCUGCGGUCGCCCACAAACGUCAUCCUUGCCGCCAUGGCCAUUGUGGAUACCUUAACGGGCCUCGUAAUGAUGCCCUACUUCGUCUAUGCAUACACUCUAGACGGAUACAAGAAGUACCCUUCCAUGGUGUGGUGCUACGUGUAUCAAUACGGACGGUUACUGAUUCCAACGUGUCUGCACACCAUCGCCCUCUGGCUAACUGUUCUACUCUCAUGGCAGCGUUAUGUUGGUGUCUCCAGCAGAUCGUGUCUCAGGUGCAUCUGUCAAUACAAAGGUAUAUCGCUGGCCAUCGCGGGGGUGGUUUUGUUCUCCUGCGUUCUUCACUCGUUUCAGCUGCUUAUGUACCUGCAGCCGAUCACAGUGGUGGGUAAGGAGCUGUUUGACCAAAAAGGUGUGAUCCUCGUGGAGACGUGUUCACAGAGACUCAGUGACAGGAUAUCGAACGAUUCCUUCAUCUACAUCUACACAUGGAUCCGACUCACGCUCGCAGAAAUAGUGCCGUGCGUUUUACUGACGUGCUUCAACGUCCUUCUGGUGAAGGUGACCUACGUCAGCUUCAGCUACAGACGUCGACUGGUGAUCGGUAAUAAACUGGUGCAGUCCACUGAGCUGCGGCUCAUCCUCCGGACAUCAGCAAUGCUUCUUCUGAUCGCCUUCAGUACACUCCUGGUGGAGCUGUUUGUCGCCGUAAACCUCCUGAUCAAGUUUGUCCAGGAAUACCACAAGACUCUGCAGCUGAUCUCCCAGGACGUUCUGUCUCGCUGCACCGUGAUCUCAAACUUUAUUAUCAUCGCCACGUUCCCGCUCAACUUCGUGUUUUGCGUCUGCCUCAGCAGUGGGUUCCGGGAGAGACUUUGGCGCUGUUUGAAGCCAAGCAGACGACGUAAAAUCACGCCCAGACAGUUAGAUCCCGGGCAACCAGAGCCGCGGGAACCCGUGCAACAGAUCAGUCUCAUCAGUGUUCUACGAUAUUCACGACAAUCAACCUAA